AUGGGAAAUAUAUUCUUAAGCCUGCUUUUUACAGUUACCCUGUUUAUUCAACUGAACAGUAAUAGCGGUGCUCGAGAUACUCUUUCGUUGGGUGCCUCGCUUACUGGAAAUCAGACAAUCAUUUCAAAGAAUGGCACAUUUGAGUUAGGAUUCUUCAGCCCAAAUGGAAGCAAAUGGUAUAUUGGCAUCUGGUAUGCCAAAAUUCCAGAGAAGACGUAUGUUUGGGUGGCCAACAGGGAGACUCCAGCGAGAAACCGAUCAGGCGUUUUUAAGCUGUCACGAGAAGGUAAUCUGGUAUUGUUCGAUGCAGAGGGCGCAUCUCUUUGGUCAGUUAACACAACAAACAAGGCCUUCCGAGCUGUGAUAUUGGAUUCUGGUAAUUUUCUAGUUCUGAGCGAUGGCAAUAAAUCUGAAACUGUUUGGCAGAGUUUCGACAAUCCUGUAGAUACCUUGUUGCCCGGGAUGAGGUUCGGUGGACAGCAAAAGUUAGUGUCUUGGAAAAGCUCAUUGGAUCCUGCUCCUGGGCUUUUUUCCCUACACAUGGAUCCUUCUGGUGCAAAACAAUUCGUUCUGACAUGGAACAAUUCUGUACAGUAUUAUACGACUGGAACUUGGGACGGCAAAAUUUUCUUUGGAAUUCCAGAAAUUGCAGACAAACAACUCUUCAAUGUCAGCGUUGAAGGUAAUAGCUCUGGUUUGUAUUUCACUUAUAUGUUGGUUCCUAACUUCAAUGCACUCGCAAGGUACGUCGUGACUACGCUCGGACAAGGGCAACAAUCUUCAUUCGAAAGCAGUGGUUGGAGCAUGUUCUGGUCUGUGCCCAGAGAUGCAUGCGACGUAUAUGGUACCUGUGGUGCGUACGCAACCUGUGACUCCAGAAAUCUUCCGCUCUGCAGCUGCGAUGAAGGCUUCAAACCCACAGACGAUCGCGCCUGGCUUUCGCAAGAUUGGGCGUCCAGUGGCUGUGUUCGGCAGAGCCCGUUAAACUGUAGCACUGACCGAUUCAUCGACAAUGGUGUAACUUUGCCUGAUGAUGAGGCUUCCUCAUACGCUGCAUCCACAAAGAAAGAUUGCCAGGAAGCCUGCCUCCGCAAAUGUUCGUGCACCGCGUUUGCUUUCAAUCCGCCUUCAGGGGCGUGCCAAGUCUGGUCUGGAGAUUUGCUAAACAUGCGCAACUCUACUCCAUCAAAAAUCAAUUCAAAUGUCUUGAUUAGAGUAGGUGCUUCUCAACUUUCAAUGAAAAGCAAAACCACAAGUAUUGUAGGCGUCGUGCUGGGUAUCGUUGGUGCACUCACCGUUGCCCUGGGUAUCUGUUCAGUUUUAAUUUGGUGGAGGCAUCAGCAGCGGUCGAUGGACAGGCCUGCAGAUUCCUCGGACUCUUUUCUGAGAAUGUUUAGUUACAAGGAGAUGAAAAUUGCAACAAGGAAUUUCAGGUCUAAGUUGGGGAGCGGAGGAUCCGGCUCAGUGUUCAAAGGAUCUCUACAAGACGGUACGCUUGUGGCCGUUAAAAAAAUGCAGGGGUCAAGACAAGAUGAGAAACAAUUUCGGGCGGAAAUCAGUUCUCUGGGAAACAUACAACAUGUGAAUUUGGUCAGGCUGCGAGGGUUUUGUGCACAAGGAUCAAAACGGUUACUGAUUUAUGAUUACAUGCCCAACGGAUCUCUCAAUUCCCUCCUGUUCACAAGUAAUUCCACGAGUAAGAAAAAGGUACUCGACUGGAAGACCCGAUUUGAGAUUGCAUUAGGCACCGCCAGAGGGUUACUCUACCUCCACGAGGAAUGCAGAGGUUGCAUCAUUCACAGCGAUGUGAAGCCCGAAAACAUUCUGCUGGACGGUGAUUUAUCACCGAAGUUGGCCGACUUUGGGUUGGCAAAGCUUAUGGGUAGAGAUUUAAGCCGCGUUCUAACCACUACAAGAGGAACGAGAGGUUACUUGGCUCCAGAAUGGAUCUCUGGUCUUCCCAUCACUCCCAAAGUUGAUGUCUACAGUUUUGGUAUGACACUCUUGGAAAUCAUUUCUGGGCGAAGAAAUCUAGACUUAACCGUGCAAGAUUCAAGUUUGUAUUAUUUCCCCCGGUUUACUGCAACUCAAAUUCAACAGGGGAAGACGAUUAAUAUUGUGGAGGAGGGUAUUGCAGAGGCGGCAGACAUGGAAGAGGUGGGAAGAUCAUGUGUUGUAGCAUUGUUAUGCAUUCAAGAGGAUGACGAAGUGAGGCCCAGUAUGAGACAAGUGGUGCAAAUGCUGGAAGGGAAGAUGGAGCCUCGAACUCCACAUGUUCCAAGCUCUCCUCUGACGGACAACGAUGGAGACCAAAGCAAUAGUAACAGCUAUAGUGACUGA